UGCUCCUCUGGAGUUUUGCAGCAAGUCCAGGAUGUGGGAUCUACUCUGUGUAGCUAUGAACUACUGCCCUCAGAAUAUACUACAGACCCAAGAGCUGCCAAGUUGUGUCCUAAAUAUCCUGUUCCAGAGAGUGCACCUAUUCCAUUCUUCCAUCGCUGUGCUCCUGUGAACAUUUCCUGCUAUGCCAAGUUUGCAGAGGCCCUGAUCACCUUUGUCAGUGACAGUAGUGUCUUACACAGGCUGAUUAGUGGAGUUAUGACCAGCAAAGAGAUUAUAAUGGGACUUUGCUUGUUGUCACUAGUGUUGUCCAUGAUUUUGAUGGUUAUAAUCAGGUACAUUUCAAGAGUACUUGUCUGGAUUUUAACAAUUCUUGUCAUUCUGGGAUCACUUGGUGGUACAGGAGUCCUGUGGUGGCUCUAUGCUAAAGAACGAAUGUCUGCCAGUGCUGUUGAGACUCAAAUAGCCAAAGAAAAUCUUCAGGCUCUCCUGAUAUAUGCCAUUUCAGCUACUGUCUUCACGGUUAUCUUGCUGUUGAUAAUGUUAAUUAUGCGCAAACGAGUAGCUCUCACUAUUGCCUUGUUCCAUGUGGCCGGCAAGGUCUUUAUUCAUCUGCCACUGCUAGUCUUCCAGCCACUUUGGACAUUCUUUGUGCUUAUCAUCUUCUGGACAUAUUGGACCACAGUCCUACUUUUCCUUGGUACUACAGGUAAUCCUGUCCCAAAUGAAGAAGGAUUUGUUGAGUUUCGGAUGGCUGGCCCCCUGAAGUACAUGUGGUGGUACCAUGUAGUAGGACUCAUCUGGAUCAGUGAGUUUAUCCUAGCCUGUCAGCAGAUGACAGUAGCAGGAGCUGUUGUGACGUACUAUUUUACAAGGGAGAAAAGGAAUCUGCCAUUUGCUCCUAUCCUGGCAUCUGUUAACCGCCUUGUCUGUUACCACCUAGGAACAGUUGCAAAGGGGUCUUUCAUUAUCACAUUAGUGAAGAUACCACGAAUGAUUCUUAUGUAUAUUCAUACACAACUCAAAGGAAAAGAAAAUGCUUGUGCUCGCUGUAUGCUUAAAGCCUGCAUCUGCUGCCUUUGGUGUCUAGAAAAGUGCCUGACCUAUUUAAAUCAGAAUGCAUACACAGCCACAGCUAUCAACAGCACCAGCUUCUGCACCUCAGCAAAGGAUGCCUUUGUUAUUCUAGUAGAGAAUGCUUUGCGAGUGGCUGCCAUAAACACUGUUGGGGAUUUUAUGUUGUUCCUUGGAAAGGUCCUGAUUGUCUGCAGUACAGGUUUGGCUGGAAUUAUGUUGCUGAAUUAUCAACGAGAUUACACUACCUGGGUGCUGCCUCUCAUAAUUGUCUGCCUCUUUGCGUUCCUGGUUGCUCACUGCUUCCUUUCCAUUUAUGAAAUGGUUGUUGAUGUCCUUUUCUUAUGUUUUGCCAUCGAUACAAAAUACAAUGAUGGAAGCCCUGGGAGGGAAUUCUACAUGGAUAAAGUUCUCAUGGAAUUUGUGGAGAAUAGUAGGAAAUCUAUGAGAGAAGCUGGCCGGGGAGGUGGAGCUGAGUGCAGAGAGCUAAAACCAAUGGGUCUAGACAUCCCUUGGGGAAAGGAGGUGGAAGCUGUCUCUGCUCUGCUGUGCCCUAAUAACUUAAGCCCUCUUCUGAAAGACCACAGCUGAACCCCCUCGGUGCACAGACCAGCCAUACAUGCCAGCUCUUCUAGUUGCAGCUUUGAUCCUGAAUCAGUCUCACAGUGCCCCCUCCUGCACCAAUGCUCAGCAUCACCUUCUGAGAGCUCGGACUGAAAGAACCUGUGGAAAAGGAGUGCAGCCAAAGGGGCUGCUGAUACCCAACCCUAAUGGGAAUGCUUGUGGGGAUGCAGCACAUGUCUUAGCAUAAUGCAGGUCACAACAAAGGCAGUGAAAGUGUUUGCAAAUUUGCAUUCCCCAUGUCUUUGCUCUUCCCAUCUCUUAGGGAGUUCCUCAAGAGUUCCCAACAAGUUCUGUAAACUCUCUGCCAAAUAAAAACUGCAGCCACUGCAGGGGAGAACACAGUCCUCCCCCAGGAUCCGGCAGAAGCCACCUUUUAUAUGCCUGCUGGUGAUCAGUCUGUGAUACCUCUGACCAGCAAAUGGCUGCUAAUCCAAAUUGCAUUAGCAGCAGGCAGCUGUUUCCUUGCAGGAAGACGUGCAGACCACACAGCUAUACGCUCGAGGACAACUGCCUGCUUCCUGUUGCAGGACUCUGACCACAGUGUUACCCUUCUGGAGGAACACAUUUCACUACAGAGAAGGUCACAGACCAGAAUUAAUAUAUGGAGCUGCACUGAUCUUCACAGAGACUUCAUCUACAGUCAAAGAGAGGA